AUGAUUGAAGAUCGAUUGGGCUUAGAUGCAUCCGUUACCCAGAGCGCCAGCUCCCAGCUGUUGGCUGUCACUGCGGCGAUCAAUGUCUUCGUACGUAUUCCCAUGGCACAUUUUGCGGAUAAGUCUUCCUCCAAGCGGAGCUGGUUAUUGUGGGCGCUGGCAAUUUCUUUUGUCAAUACUUUGUUGACAGCUUUUGGGAAUUCCCUUUUCUGUCUAUUCGGGACCCGAAUCGUGCAGGCCAUCGCUAGUAGCAUUAUGUGGAUAGUGGGAACCACAACAGUAGCAAAUAAUGUUCCAAUCCAACACAUAGGAAAGGCCUAUGCUAUGGUCUCGAUUGCUACCUCUGUGGGCUUCUCUCUUGGUCCGAUGUUGUCCGGAAUGUUACUUCAAGCGGUUGGUUACUGGGCGGCUUGCUCUAGCGCGUUUUGCAUUUUAAGCAUCGACGUUGUCUUCCGUCUGCUAAUGGUGGAGAAACCCGAUCAGAAGGAAACCGACCGCACAGAGGAAAUCGAUCUGGACUCUGAUUCUGAGGGAGCCCCGUUUCUUACCAGCGAACAAGAUGAACCAGCUUUGACCGCAGAAAAACACUCAGCCCCGAGCUUUUACCGAUCUAUUUUCCGCAAACCAAAUUUCAUUGGUGGCAUAUAUAGCAGUUUUGUGUCCGGGGUACUGAUUACAUCCUUCAAUGCCACGCUUCCCCUGCAUGUUCGUGAAGCCUUUCACUGGGGCGGCAUGCCGGGCGAGCUUAUGGUCAUUUUCCGGCCAGCCAUGGCUAACUGCAACCUCACGUACAAUUUGCGGGUCUGGCCGUGGUUAGCAAAGUGUUGA